CGUCCCCCCGGAUGAGAAGGAGGCAGGCAGGGAGGAGGGCGGAGCUGGGCUGGCUGUCACACGGAUAUGUUUCAUUUCUCACACGGCCCCCCUCCACACACACACACAAACACACACACACUAACACACACCACGUCUGUGUCUGAGUGGAUCCGCGUCUGACAGAAACCACAUAGCUUGAGUCCAGCGGAGCGGAGGAGCAGCAGGAUGCCGGUGAAAGGCGGAUCGAGGCUGGUGUCUUACCCGAGCAAGAGCGACCAUGUCGGAAGCUCGGGGAUGGAGGAGACCGUGUGGGAGCAGUACUCAGUCACUCUGCAGCGGGACUCUAAGAUGGGUUUUGGCAUCGCUGUGUCAGGAGGGCGGGACAACCCCAACGUGGACAGCGGAGAGACGUCCAUCAUCGUGUCAGACGUGCUGCAGGGAGGACCUGCAGACGGAUUACUCUUUGAGGAUGAUCGAGUCAUUCAGGUGAACUCUAUCGCCAUGGACAACGUGCCUCAUUCCUUCGCUGUGCAGUCGCUCCGAAAAUGUGGAAAAGUGGCCAAAAUAACGGUGAAGAGACCUCGUAAGGUGGCGAUCCACUCCCUGAAGCAGCCCCCCUCCCCUAGUGGAGACAGCCGGGACUACGCCCCCUCCACCCACUACUACGACGCAGACGCAGACAACGGCUGGUACCGUAAUGAGGGCCGGGACCACACCUCCGACAGCAAAGAGUACCUGGACCCCGACUACAUGGGGGGGCGGGACUACAAUACAAGAGGGAGGAGCCGCGGGAGGAGCCAGGAGAGGACCUCCCCGAGCCCGGACAGGUCCAGGAGGGACGGAAGCCGGGGACGAGCCCUGGACACCAGCACGGAGCGCCAGAGGUACCACAGCCGAGGACGCAGCCCGGGGGACAGCUACCGCAUGGAGGAGAAGUACGAGCGAGGGGAGGGAGGAGGAGGAAAAGGAGGAAGGUACAAGAGCAGGGACAGGCUGAACGACAACCCUCCAUCUCCAGAACCUUCCAGAGAGCUGGAGCCGCUGGACAAACCCGUCAACGUCCUGCUGGUGAAGAACAGACCCACUGAAGAGUACGGUCUGCGUCUGGGGAGUCAGAUCUUCAUCAAACAGAUGACGAGCACCGGCCUCGCUGCCAAAGACGGAAACCUGCAGGAGGGGGACAUCAUCCUCAAGAUUAACGGCACGGUGACGGAGAACCUCUCUCUGCACGACGCGGGGAAGCUGAUCGAGAAGUCGCGAGGGAAGCUGCAGCUGGUGGUCCAGAGAGACAGCCGGCAGAUCCUUGUCCGCAUCCCCCCCCUGGCAGACUCUGACUCUGACAACGACGACAUAUCAGAGAUGGAGUCAUACCAUUCCUAUUCUCCCCCAGAGGAGAGGAGGUCCCGCCAGUCUGACCUGUCCUCACACUCGUCCAAUGAAAGAGACAACCAAAGGGAAGAACCCAUGAAAACAGCCAAGAUGUCUGCCAUGGCCUCCCCGUUCAGGAUACCUGAAGACCCCAAAGCCUCCGCCGAGCUGGACAAAGACAAAGCCCCGAAUACAGAGGAGCCUUCAGCUGCUGUAUUAACCACACCAAAGAUUCUCCUCCGACCGAGUCCAGAGGAUGAAAAAAUCUACGGGCCAAACACGAUAAUGGUCAACUUCCAGAAAGGAGACAGUGUCGGUCUGAGGCUGGCGGGGGGAAAUGAUGUCGGCAUCUUCAUUGCUAGCGUUCAGGAGGGCAGUCCUGCGGAGGAGGAGGGCCUGCACGUCGGGGACCAAAUCCUAAAGGUGAACAAUGUCGAUUUCCAAGGUGUGGUGAGGGAGGAGGCGGUGCUCUUCCUGUUGGAGAUCCCUAAAGGGGACGUGAUCACCAUCCUGGCUCAGAGCAAACCUGACGUGUAUAAUGACAUCUUGGUGUCCGGACGAGGGGACUCUUUCUUCAUCCGAACCCACUUUGAGUACGAGAAGGAGACUCCUCAGAGCCUGGCCUUCAGCCGAGGGGACAUCUUUAAAGUGGUGGACACUCUGUACGAUGGGAAGCUGGGGAACUGGCUCGCCGUGCGCGUUGGGAAGGACAAGCAGCUGCUGGAGAAGGGCAUCAUCCCCAACAAGAGCAGGGCGGAGCAGAUGGCCAGUGUGCAGAGCUCUCACAAAGCUGUAUCUGGGGAUCGAGCAGACUUCUGGAGGUUGAGAGCUCAGCGCUCUCUGAAGAGGAAGGACCUGAAGAAGAGCAGAGAGACCCUGAGCAGUCAGACGCUCGCCACACGCUUCCCCGCGUACGAACGAGUGGUGCUCCGAGAAGCUGGUUUCAGGCGUCCCGUCGUUCUGUUUGGUCCCAUCGCAGAUGCUGCCAGUGAGAAGCUGGCCUCUGAGAUGCCCGACCUCUUUGUUAUUGCCAAAACGGAGCCCAAGGACGCCGGCUCUGAGAAGUCAUCAGGAGUGGUUCGCCUGAACACCAUCAGACAAAUCAUCGAGCAGGACAAACACGCCCUGCUGGAUGUGACGCCCAAAGCCGUGGACACCCUGAACUACACCCAGUGGUACCCCAUCGUCAUCUUCUUCAACCCCGACAGCAAACACGGCAUCAAGGCCAUCAGACAGAGGAUCGCCCCCAACUCCAACCGCAGUGCCCGCAAACUGUACGAGCAGGCCGUCAAGCUGAGGAAGACCUGCCCACACCUGUUCACUGCCACUAUCGAUCUGAACUCAGCCAACGACGCCUGGUACGGCAGCGUCAAAGACUCCAUCAGAGAGCAGCAGAUGCAGGCCGUGUGGGUCUCGGACGGAAAGCUGGAGGGAGUAGAGACUGAUCUGGACUGCCAGGACGUGGAGCGCCUGUCCUACCUGUCCGCCAUGUCCGCCGACUACCUCAGCAUGGACAGCCGGCUGACCUCCGACCUGGACGACACCCCAGAUGAGGGCGGGACCUACACGGACAACGAGCACGACGCCGAGAUGAUGCACAUCUCCGCCAUCAGCCGCUCGUCUGAACCGGUCUCAGCUGAGGAGAUCUUGCGCAGGUACAGUCCAGACAUCAGGAGUCGAAUGAGGAAGAUCAGCAGCCACGAAGUCCUGAGCAGGUCGAGUCCCCCACCUGUCUUCUUAACAGAGAAGGUGAAACUUACUUUAAGGGACACGCCUGUCCUCAUGUCCGGCUCCACCAGCCUACACCAUCACCACCGUCAACACCACCCUCCACCCCCCAGCAGCAGAAGUUAUGACUCUCCCUCCAGCAGCAGCCCUGCCAGCAGUAACAACGAUCCUCCGCCCCCCAUCUCACGUUCCACCGGCUUCUCCGGCCCGCCGCCCCCACCCCCGCUCCACCACUUCAGCUCCAGCAGCAACAUGCGGCCACUGGGAGCCCCCCAGCCUCUACCUGCCCUCAAACCUCCCAGCAGAGGCGGGAGCACGGCGGAGGCAGCGGUUCGAUCUCCUGCUCUGCCCGGUGCAGGUGUGGUAGCCUGCAGGAAGCAGGAGGAGUCAGCGGAGGACAGCCCGGUGGAGGAUCCGUCCAUGAGGACCUUCAUGGGGAAGAUUAAAGCCUUCGAGAAGAUGGAUCACUUUGCCCGAGCACAGAGGAUUCUGGAGGUGCAGGAGGCACACAACGCCAGGGUGGAAAUCGCUCAGAAGCAUCCAGACAUCUACGCUGUCCCUGUGAAGACGGCCAAGCUGGAUCACAGUCGUCCUCAGCCUAUCGGCUCCAGCUCUCACUCUGACCCACAGACUCCUCCUCUUCCUCCUCCCAAAGAGGGAGGCCCCUUCUACCUGAGUGAAAAGGAGAGAGUGGACGACACAGGAUACUUCAAUGCCAACUCCUACCAGUACCAGGACACGGAGCUGUAGGCCGGCCCUGCACAGAGCAGCUGCCCUCGGCCUCCUGGACAAACAUGUACACAUGCACUGCACAUGAAGUCUGUUCACACACUAACCAUUCCAUCACGUCUGCACAAACCCGCUGCUGACUCUGAACUGACUCCUGCUUCUUUAUUAUCGACCAGAAAAGAAUCUUAGUUUUGUUUUUUGCUUCAAAGAAGUGGAUCCGUGCUAUCCGUCUGGAUAGGACCACACUGUCUCCACCUUA